AUAGUAAUUUAAUAGACAUUUUCUUUGAUGUUACAGAUUGGUGCCCUAAAAAACUUCUAUCUGCUUACACACAAAGAUGUACACAAACGUUCUCUGGACAGCAGCGAGCAUCAUCAUAAACUUUUACGAAAUGAGCCUCAAGUACAGUGGUUUCAACAACAACAUGAGAAACGGAGGAAAAAACGUGACUACCAAAUCCCAUCUUCUUUUAGCUUUAGUGAUUAUCCAAGCACGUUUGACGAUUUUACAUCGAGACAACGUCCGCCUUUUCAUCAUCAACGUAAUCGAGGUGCACCGCUGCAAAAUUUAUUUACGGAUCCGCUUUUUAAAGAACAAUGGUAUUUGAAUGGAGGAGCAAAAGAUGGUUUUGACAUGAAUCUUGGUCCCGCUUGGCAAAAGGGUUACACCGGAAAAGGAGUGGUUGUCUCAAUUUUAGAUGAUGGAAUUCAAACAAAUCACCCAGACCUUGCACUCAACUACGACCACGAAGCGAGUACAGACAUUAACGACAAUGACGACGACCCGAUGCCACGUGACAACGGAGAUAAUAAACAUGGAACUCGUUGUGCUGGCGAAGUGGCUGCCGUAGCCUUUAACCAAUAUUGUGGCGUAGGAGUUGCUUACAAUGCCAGCAUUGGAGGAGUGCGAAUGCUUGACGGACCGGUAAAUGAUGCUGUAGAGGCAAGAGCGUUAGGUCUCAAUCCCGAACACAUCGAUAUAUAUUCAGCCUCCUGGGGACCCGAGGACGAUGGUAAGACAGUCGAUGGCCCUGGUCCAUUGGCAAGACGUGCCUUCAUCUAUGGAGUUACUAGUGGCCGCAAAGGAAAAGGCUCAAUAUUUGUGUGGGCGUCAGGGAACGGCGGUCGUCAUACAGAUUCAUGCAACUGUGACGGUUACACCAAUAGUAUUUUCACAUUGUCAAUAUCAAGUGCAACACAAGGGGGAUAUAAACCCUGGUACCUAGAAGAGUGUAGUUCAACACUAGCAUCAACAUACUCAUCUGGGACUCCCGGUAAUGAUAAAAGUGUCGCAACUGUCGAUAUGGACGGUAAAUUACGGCCCGAUCAUAUUUGUACCGUUGAACAUACUGGUACAUCAGCGUCAGCACCUCUGGCUGCUGGCAUUGCUGCCCUAGCACUCGAAGCUAAUCCAAGUUUAACUUGGAGAGAUAUGCAAUAUUUAGUUGUGUUAACAUCAAGAUCUGGACCACUCGAAAAAGAAACUGGAUGGAUACUCAACGGAGUCAAGAGGAAAGUUUCGCAUAAGUUUGGCUAUGGGCUAAUGGAUGCGGGCGCAAUGGUCAAUCUUGCUGAACAAUGGACAAAUGUGCCGCCUCAGCAUAUUUGCAAAUCUCAAGAGAUCAAUGAGGAGCGAUCUAUAGAUUCAUCUUUUGGUUAUACUCUCAGUGUUUACAUGGACGUAAGUGGCUGCGCUGGGACUAUUAAUGAGGUCCGUUUUCUAGAGCAUGUUCAGUGCAAGGUGUCAUUAAGAUUUUUCCCUCGAGGAAACCUGCGCCUGUUGCUGACCUCACCCAUGGGCACUACCUCAACAUUACUUUUUGAACGACCAAGAGACGUACUCAGUUCCAAUUUCGAUGAUUGGCCAUUCCUGAGUGUACAUUUCUGGGGUGAAAAAGCUGACGGUCGGUGGACGUUACAGAUCAUCAAUGCUGGCAACAGACGAGUCAAUUCACCCGGAAUACUGAAGAAAUGGCAAUUGAUAUUCUACGGAACGGCAACCAAUCCCAUUAGAUUACGAACUCGUCAAUUUAAUCCGGUACAUCAUCAGUCGUAUUAUUCUUCAUACAAUCCCUCUGAAUUAUCCUUCCCGCACGAUCGCUCAUUGGGUGGAUCUGAUCAACACAACGAGUUCGAUUUUCGUCAAUCUGUCUUUCAGAAUUAUCCAAGUGCUUACGCGGGUGCUGCCUCCAAUAUCCAAUCAUCAGUAGCAUCCUUAGACGGAUCAUCGGCCUCCAUUCUUACCAACCGAUUACCUGGUGAUGUCUCCGACGAUAUAUCUAGAUCACUCCAGGGGUCUCUAGAUCCUUCCAAGAGAGUUUUACACGACUGCGAUCCACAGUGCGACCAUCAGGGAUGUUAUGGAACAGGUCCAACAGAAUGUAUUGCCUGUAAAACCUAUCGACUUGAUAAUAUGUGCGUAAGCCGUUGCCCGCCAAGAAGUUUUCCAAAUCAAGGUGGUGUUUGUUGGCCUUGCCACGAAUCAUGUGAAACAUGCGCUGGUGCUGGCCAAGACUCUUGUCUAUCAUGUGCUCCAGCUCACUUAAGAGUUACUGAUCUUGCCGUUUGCCUUCAACAAUGUCCCGAGGGUUACUAUGAAAAUACUGAAAAUAACACAUGUGUACCAUGUGAAGCAAAUUGUGGGAGUUGUCAAGACCGUCCCGACCACUGUACAACGUGUGAUCAUCAUCUGGUAAUGUACGAGAGUAAAUGUUACGCCGCUUGUCCUCUGUACACCUACGAAACACAAGAUUACAACUGCGCGGCGUGUCACAAUAAUUGUGAAACAUGUAAUGGUACCGGUGAAAAUCAGUGCAUCAGUUGCAAGCCCGGAUUCUUUUCACUUAAUGGUAUGUGCCAAAGUUCGUGCCCAGUGGGCUACAGCGCGGAUAAAAAACGCCGGGAAUGUAUGCCCUGUCCACUCGGGUGUAAAACUUGCGUAACAUCAAGCUGCACUAGCUGCAUCGACGGAUGGAGUAUCAGCAAAAAAGGUAUCUGUGUCCCGGAUAGCCGCAGCAAGUGUAACGCUGCCGAGUACUUUGACACCGAUAUUUGCAAGCCGUGUCAUACAAGUUGCGAAACCUGUGCCGGACCGUCAGAAGAUUUUUGCACAUCCUGUUCGAGCCCACUGCUGCUUCAAAGCCGGCGGUGUGUCGCCCAGUGCGAGGAUGGUUAUUAUUCAUUAGCCCAGCCAUCGCGACCCAUUUGCUCGCCGUGUCUCCACACCUGCAAAACCUGUGUAUCACGACUUAAUUGCACAGCGUGUCAAGAGGGAUUGCAAUUACAAAGCGGCGAGUGUAGAUCAUCCUGUGCACAAGGAUACUACAGUGACCGCGGCCAGUGUGCUAAGUGUUAUCUCUCGUGUAAAACAUGCUCUGGUCCACGGAGAGAUCAGUGUGUUAGUUGCCCGCAAGGGUGGCAACUAGCUGCCGGUGAGUGCCAUCCAGAAUGCCCGGAGGGGUUCUUUAAAUCAAAUUUCGGAUGUCAAAAAUGUCAUCAUUACUGUCGCACUUGCAAAGGUGAAGGCCCUCUCGAGUGCACUUCCUGUCCGCCUCAUUCUAUGCUCGAGGGCGGACUCUGCAUGGCAUGUCUAGGUGCACAGUACUACGAUCCGCUGACACAACUUUGCAAAAAUUGCCAUGGUGAUUGCCGACGCUGCACCGGCCCGGGAAAAUUCAGCUGUGCUGCCUGUACUUUACCGCUACACUUUGAUAAACUUAAUAAUCAGUGCGUGCCAUGCUGUCCGGCCAACAAGAAAAAGUCGGAAAAUGAUGAAUGUUGUGUUUGUGAUCCAGAAACUAGUGGCUGCAGGAACAGUUCACCGGCUGGUAAAAGACGUGUACCUGGUAGUGAAAUUGGUGGUGAUACGAUACCACAAUUUGAUACUGGAUUUGAAAGUCUUAGUAGUGACAUUAAAGAUCAUAAUCCUAGUUAUGCUGUUACUGCUGCGACCAUGAUGGCUGUUGCUAUUUGCGUUGCGUCUGUUGCCUUAUUUGUAGCUAUUUUUGUUGCCUUACAGGCUGUAUCAAGAAAACGUGAAUCUUCAAAUGGAUAUACCAAACUGGCGAUGAGAGUUGAACCAUCUGAUGAAAUAGAAAUUGAUGAUAUGACCGAGCUUAUGACCUAG